AUGGAUUCAGGUGACCCAAAUUUUUUGUCUGUUCUGCUUUCCAUUGGUCGAGAACUGACGGAUGAAGAUUUUGAGAAUUUGAAGUUUUUGUGCGAGGGAACGAUUCCGGCGAGUCACCUCGAGACGGUGAAGCGUCCACGGGAGCUUUUUCUCGAACUAAUUCACUGCUGUGAUCUCAGCAAUGACAAUAAAGACCCCCUGUCCUCACUUCUCUUCCACAUCGGACGACAGGACCUCAGAAAUCUUCUUCUUGGAGUCCAAGGUUAGUAUUCCACCCCCGAUAUUCUGGAAGCUCGAGAGGUUCGCACGAUAUUUGCUCAUGGCUUAAACUUUUAGAGUGUUUGAUUUUUAUUUUUAUUUUAAAAAGUAAACAUGAAGUUAUAACCCCGUAUUGACGGCAUAAAGAUCCGUUUCUUGGCAGAAUGAUUUUAAGAGGUGGUUUUCAAGAAGAUAUUGGUUCUGACAAUUAGAAAAACUGCGGACGUGAUCUCCUAUUGUCGUUCAAGGGGGGUGGAGACAAAUACUAGUACAAACUAUUGACUAAUAGGAACCAGUAUGUCAAGCACAUUUAAUGUAUAUGACGCAAAUGCCUAACUGUCCGGAAAAAAGCAUUUUGUAUUUUUUGAAGCGUAUAUAUCUGUGCUACGAAGGUUUUUUUUUCAGUUGGGACAGCGCCUUUUCCGUAAUAGCGUAAUUAUAAAUCGUCCUGAAUUUUAUAGGCUGCGUUCGGUGUGCAUGCAUAAUUGAGUGGAAAUAAUUCAUGUGCCAAGCUUUACCGUGGUUAUUAUCUUUUAGUUGAAUUUAUUUUGAGGUUUUUAACUGAAACCAUUUGCCUUGAUGGCGUAAACGUGGUCCCAAAACAUGAACACCAAACAAUUUAGCUAAAUUUUAGUUACAGUAAUUUUUACUUUCUGCACGUGAUAACCGUGUGAUUAGUGUCUGAUGGUACCAUUUACAUGUGUAAGCGUGUCAUCGCAGGUUGGAAGAAUUCAUUUUUGAUCACAAAGUGAAAAAUGCCCCUUGUUUAAUAUUUUAAAUAUAACCAUCCUUUCAAUUGAUAAUUACAUAAUUUUUUACUUUUCUUAUGAUUAUUGAUCUGAGAUAAGACCAAAAAGGGGUCCAAUUCAGUCUGUAACUUUGCGAGAAAUUAACAGUAUCUGAUGCUCGAAUGUAAUAGUCAAAAUCUACAAAUUGGGAGUAUGACUUUCAACAAAACUGGACAACUCAAAGUGCUGUUAUCACUAAAUCAAAACUAUGAAAACAUGUGAGAUUCAAGAUAUUCUUCUGCUUGACAUAUUCAUGAAUGAAAAUAACAGUUGACUUAUUUCCUGAACACAAUUAAUGUAACAGUCAAUAGCUGAAUAUCUGAAAAGGGAGUACAAUCUACUUGUAUCUAUAUGUACACAGUGAGUGAGGCAUGACUUGUUAUCUGCCUUAUUGCUCUACAAGUACACUGUCCAAUUUCACAAGUGUAGCUCGUGUACUGUCCUAUAAGCAUUCAAAGUGGGCUAUUUACUACUUACAAAAAAAUCAAGUUUGAGGAAUUUGUUGAAGAUUUGAUUUAAGCAUUUAAAGUUAACAAGAUUAUUAAUCACUAAUUUUUAAAGCUGCUAACUUACACAAGAAAACCAAGUAGAGAAAAGGGAAACAUUGAGAAAUAAAUGAAUAACCUUGCUAGCAGUGGUCAAGCUUAUACUGAUAAGAUUUUAUCUUCUCAGUUUCUGUUUAUCAUUGAUUUUGCCUCACUGUUUUUUAUGAUCAUCAUAAUCAUGAUAUUUUUUCUUUCCCUAAGGAGUGGUUAUCAAAAAGGCAUUUCAGAACCUAGGUGGCAUUCCCUCCAAAGUUCCAAAUUUUGUUGGACGGAAAGGUCAAUGUUCCACAGUACUAGAAAAACUUUCGGCAAGUGAUUCCUGUCAGAUAGUCUCCAUUACUGGACCUCCUGGUUUUGGAAAGUCUGCGGUGGCCAUUCAAGUAGGACAUGAACUGAUAGCACAAGGGAAAACAAAUGUGUAUUAUGUCUCCCUCAGGAGUUUGACAUCCUUAAAUGCAAUGGUGAACUCCCUACUUGGAGCUCUUCAAAUUUUGGCUGGGAGGCAGCCAAUUCAGCAAGCCAAGCACUGCCUUCGCACGUUAACAAAGCACUCUGUCAUCAUUCUGGACAAUGCUGAAGACAUGUUACUGCCCCAAGUGAAGGAUGAAUUUUGUAAUUUUAUUGGUACUGUUGCACAGACUGCUUCUCAUGUGAAAAUCCUGAUUACAUCACGUCAAUCUAUUACUUUCAUCUCUGUUGAAAUGUUUGAGCUCCGGCUAGACUCUCUCUGUCCAGAUCAUGCCAAAGAGUUGCUUCUGACGCUGGAGUCCAAAGUAUCUGAAGAGGAUGCAGAACAGCUAGCCAAUCACUGUGGUGGGGUGCCGCUUGUUCUGCGCACCACAGCAGCCCUAUUGGCAAAAGGAGUAGAUGCUAAAGCUCUGAUCCAUGAGUUCCAGAUGAGCCCUGUGUCAACUCUAAAAUCUUUCAGUCUCAAUUCACUCAGCCAUGAGCAUCAACUAUUUAACUGUCUCAGAAUCUGCUUCAGCCGACUUGAUCAUGACCAACAAGUUGCCAUGAUAUCUCUUGCAGUUUUCCCAACAACAUUCACUUUGGCUGAUGCCCAUUUUCUCCUCAAAGACCUGUCAGACUUCAAGUUGGGGAUAUUGCUUCAAAACCUUGUGGAUAACUCCAUGCUCCAAUUUGAUCACUUACUAAAGCAAUAUUACGUGCACAGUAUAAUCCAGUCGUUUUGUCAUGAUCAUGUGAACCAAGAAGAAGAUUUGUACCCAAUUUACCAGUCAGCUAGGAAAGUGUUCAAUAUUCACUACUUGGGAAAGUUAAAGGAACUCUAUGCAGUUUUCCUGUCCAAAGAUUGUUGCCAGGCUGUCCAGCUUUUCUUGAUCAAUCGUCUUAACAUCAGGCAGGCCCUGAAAGACUCUGUAACUGAUCCUGACCUGGAUAAAAUGUGUAUUGACACUGCUGUUGAAGUAACUCCUUUCCUAGCGAAGGUGUUUAGAAAGGAGAAGUUUCUCUCAGUUUUUGGGAUGUUUACAGAGGCCUGCAAAGCAAGUGAUGAUAAAAAAAGAUAUAGCGACUGCUUGACUUCUGAGGCAUAUUGUAUCCUUUCGCACUGUGCCUGUCAUCUGCCAUGUCCAUCAGCUGUUGCCAGAUUUAAGGAGGCUGACAAGAUACAAAAAGAAAUUAAAGAUAACUCUUCCCUUGUGCGUGCAUUUUGCCUGAGUAAACUUGGCCGCUGCUUUGGACAACAGAAAGAUUUGCAUGAAGCCCUUCCACGCAUAAAGGAAGCAAUUGAGAUCAGGAAGCAACACAAGGAUAAGAUUUUUGUUGCAGUGGGCUAUAAAGACCUUGGAGGUAAAAUAAAUAGGCUGGUAUGAAUUUUAAUAUUGUGUAAUAGUACACUGUACAUGUUUCACUCCAAUAAUCUGUUAAGAUUUCCUUAAUAACAAAGGGCCAGUGCAGAAAUUGAGUACAUUGGAAGUUGUGAUAAUGGACCAAUUGCCCUUGACUUCAGCAGCUACUGACAGUGUACCUUCCUCCUUUGUAUUUUUCCCUCACAUUACAUGCAUCUCUUAAUGAGUAAAACCAUAUUUUUACAUCUACUUGUAGCUGCUUAUGCAUUCAAUGAUGCUCACCAAGAGGCUAACAAGUUCAGAGAAGAAUACUCCCUUCCAGUGUAUUUAGAGUCACUUGGAGAUCAUCCAUUUACUGCUACCCUGAUGGAUGACAUGGGCAUAUCAUACCAGGCCCUUGGAAACUAUGAAAGUGCAAUUAAGUUCCUCCGUGAAGCACUGCGCAUGAGGAAUCAGUCCCUGGGUGAUCACCAAGAAACGGCACGUUCCUUCCAUGGUCUUGGAAAGGUACAUCAUUUUACCCUUAAACUCCUUUAAGUGACCAAGAUGGGAUUUCUCCUUACAGUAUCAAUACAAGAUCAAGCAGAAAAGUGAUGAGAACAAAGUAAAAUAUUAAUAAGGGAUUGUUAUUUGAUGCAAUACCAAGUUCUCCAAAUUAACAUCGUAAGACAUCAUAAGAAUUGCAUAGUAGAUAGUAAGGAGAAUUACUCUAGAGAUCUUGGGAUUGAAAGGGUUAACAUACAAGUAUUAAUUCCCCUUUGUCUUGCUAAAUAUGGUUAAAUGGUUUCCAAGUCAGAAUUACUUGUUUUCAACUGCAUGUUGCUCUUGUUUGCAAUUAACAGGCCCUAGCUAUGAAGGGAGAGCUGAACGAGGCUCUAGAAACUCUGAGAGGUGCACUUCGCAUUCAAGACAAGGUUCUAGGGAACCACCAGGAAACAGUGCGCACACACACAGAGAUAGCUCAUGUCCUCAAACAGCUUGGGCGGCAUGAUGAAGCCAAAGAUGAAGAGCAGUUGGCUAUGAAAAGAUGGUCAUCUAUCGAGGAACCACAACCAGAGAAGUGAUUUUUUUCAAUCCACUGGGAAGAAAAUUCACCUGUACCUGGUGCUUUAAUAAGUCCAACCUUUUUGUUCAUCGUGGAUUGUACAUAGUGAAGUGGUAAAUAUUGGGGCUUUUCAAGGCUCAGAUUGUAUAGAAUUUUAUCUUCAAUGUAGGUUUAGAAAACAGUGACAUUUUUACAAUGAUCAUGACUAAAUAAUAAUAAUAACUAAAUUAAUAACUAAAGCUUUUCAAAACUGAACUAAGACAUUUGUUAAAACAUUACUGUAGGCUCUAGUUUGUCUUUCAAGAAAUAUUCCUAAUUAUGAUAUAUUAAAGUUCACAAGGCAACCAGGUGGACAAUCUAAGCAACAAUCACAAUUUAAAAACUGUGAUGAUGGUGGCUUACUACCUGACGCCUAUUCACGCCUCGUCAAAAAAGGGAAGCUAAUUAGUUAGCAUAUAAAAGGACCUCUUGUUGCAGCAUAUAAGGACCAUGCCUGAUGAAGGCACUAGACAGGAGUGGUGAAAGGUUUGGUCUAUGAAUUGUAACUUACCGGUGACAUUAAUUAAAUCUUUAAACCAGAGUAACAUCAAACCAUGUCUGAGUCCUAAUUAUGUGUAAAAUUCAGCUGACAUACAUGAAAUAUUUUAAAACAAUUUUUUUAGAGCAUUUUCAGUUUCAAUUGGUAGUUCUAAUGUUGCAUAAAGAGAAAUUCCCAUUACAAGGCAUAGAUGUACAUGCUUCUCCUACAGUGUAAUUAAGUAAACAAAAGUAGAAUAUGAAGCUUGUGUGUGUAAUUGAAUAAGAUUAAAUUAAUUUAGUAGUUGCAGCUGUACUGGUAAUUCUUAAAGCUGGUUAUAUCUCCUCUUUUUUUCUAGUGAGAUGUACAUGUACAUGUAAGUACAUAGUGAGUUUUUUUUAUUUACACUGUAUGAGGGUCUCCUCUGUUUUUAAAGACACACAUAAUUUUGGUAUCACAGUAUCUUAGACACUGAAUCAAAUCCAGUGAAAGAAAUAUCAUAUAAUAUUAUUUGAAAAAGAUUUGACUCCCUGAAUGUUGUUGCCUUUUAAUUAAGUAUCUGUUGAAUCUUAUAAAAAUUUAGGACAUACGACAUGAAUAAUAGUAUGCUGUAUAUCAGUCUAACAUUCCUUCACCCCUCCCCCCCCAUUAAGAAAAAUUAAUAGUUGUAGAACUUUCUGUGAACAACAUUUUGUAAUAAGAUGGGAAGAAGAAUAAUAUUUAUUGAGGAUUGGUUUUUCAGAAAUGUAAUUUUAAAUUUUUCAAUUAACAAAUUUUUGUGUUAUAUGCAUUUUGUUUACGCCUGUGUUUUAAUUUGUUAUCUAUUGUACAUAUCGUCAACUUUCAUGGGUAGUAACAUGAUUUCGAGUGCAAUUUGGUGUUCAUAACCACUGGUAAAUUUUUCAAAGACAACCAAUUUACAUGAUCCAUGUAUUUAUGAAUAAUAUACGCGAAAAAAAAUUAUGCUUGUCUGAUUGGCUGUAAGUAAGUGUAAUUUUCAUGUAACAGGAGUGUAAAGCUGUAAUGCUGAAAAGCCAUUGUUAAAAAAUCACCUUACUACAUGGGCAAAAAAAUGAUGAUUAUUAAAAUUUAUGUCAGUAAGAACCACUUUUGAAAUUGUAUUUCUUGUUGUACUUGAAGUCAGCUUUCCCUAAGCUAUCAGGCACCAUUGACUAAUGUAGCUUGGAAUUAUAAUGCCAAUGGUGUCUUGGGCUGUCAUAGCUAUACAGUUAUGGAAUGGCAGCCAGUCAUCAAGCCUUGGUCAGAGCCAUCUUGAUAGUAGUGCAGAACCUUGCAAAAUUAAAUAGAGCUCAGUUGAACCCUCUUUUCAGCUUACAGUACUUCCCAUCCUUAGGGAAAAGGGCAAAGAUUUGUUGAUGUUCUGCUUUAAUUCCUAAACUCUGGAAAUUUUUUUUCCACUUUUUACCCAAAAGGUAAACGUACCUGUUUCCUAUGCCUCCUUAGAAAGAUGAAUCACUGUCACAUAUCUAGAUUGUAAAGCUGUGUACCUGAAACAUGUCCUUGUGAGAUCUUUAAUACAAGAAAUGUUCUGGAUUUGAAACAGUCUUUUUAAAUUCAUUUCCCAUUUUUAGAUAAAUGAAAUUCCUGCCUCUGCAUCUACACAUUGGCACUCAAUAGUACCUAUUUUAGGCGAAACGUCCUUUACGGCCUUUCUGUAAGGGUAUACCCCAGAAACAAUUGAUUCUGCCAAACUUCGUGUGAGAUAAAUCAUAGAUAUUUAUUCUAAGUUAGCGAACUGUUUAGAAUUUAACAACAUUGAAAAUUAUACUACUCAGAUAUAGAUAUGAAGUUCCACUACACUAAUCCGCAUCUCUGCGGUCAAAAUCUAUGUUAUUAUACUUUAGGCAUAACUUAUUAAAUGACAGCUUUCAAAUAAAGUUUGACUACUUGAGC